AUCAAACAAACAUGGCUAGGGUUCCUAAAAACCUAAGUGAAGGGAUGUUACUCCAUAGAGAAGAGAGAGAAUGCAUUAUAACUUUCCAAAUCUUCAAUCUUCAUUUCUAGACUUGAUCCUGGAGCUUCAAUGGUGAAGAAUCCUCCAAAAUAGCUCUAGAUCUCCCUCUCUCUCUUUGGUUCGUCCCUUGGGUGUUUGGGAUCCAAAACCCAGCUCCCCCCCCCCACCUCCCAAACGCACAAAACAGCUCCCCCCCCCCCCCUAAGUGAGUUCCAACCACUGUUCCGUUAUGUAUGCGUGUGAAUGUUUGGUUGUAUGUGUAUGCUUGGAGCCUAGUCCACUAUCCAAAUUUUGAGAUUUGAGGGCUCCAAGUAUGGAUAUUUGCUUGAUCAUAUUGGCACAGUGGUUUUGUAUGGUGAAUCGAUUGGUUGUUAGCAUUGAUAUAUGAAUGACUUGUUUGUCAUUGAGACAACCUAUAAUGAUGACUGAGACGUGCAGUAGAGUUGUGUAGGGGUUCAGUUUUUUAACUGUUUGCUUACCAACUGUGACUUGGAUUGAUCACUCAAUUUCUACAGUCGUUUAUGCAUCUAAUUCAGGGAAUCAGAAUGAGAGAUAGAGCAUAAUAACCAAAAGAAAGUUGCCACUAGUAAGUUUAAUUGUGCUCAUCAAAGUACUGUUUCUUAGAAGUUUGGCUGGGAAAUACUGAUAUUGUUACCUCCUUCACUUAUGUGCUCUAAAGACUUGGUUAAUGCAGAAUAGCAGAGAGAGAAAUAACUGGUUUGAUUGAAUGUCGAUUAGCUGGGUUUUGGAACCCAAACACCCAAGGGGUGAACCAAAGAGAGAGAGGGUGAUUUGAGGGCGAUCUUGGAGUUGGAGGAUCUCUUCACCUUGGAAGCUCGAGGAACAAGCCCAAACAUGAAGAUUGAAUACUGGAAAGUUAUACUAUAUUCUCUCUCUUCUCUAUGGAGUAACUUCCCUUUACUUAGGUUUUGAGGAACCUAGAUUUGUAUGCUAGGAAGAGUUGUAUGAACUCGAAUUCAUGAUUGAUUGACAUUUUAUAUUCAGUUGUGGUUUUUAUUCAGAAUUGCUUGAGUCCUGAUCAAAUUCUUGUGAUUCCUGCUUUGACCUAGAAUGAUAGUCUCUGCAUAGGUUAAAAGAGCAUCCUGAAUUGAAAGUGGUGAAUCGACGACUUUAGUCGAGAAGUCGAUUCACUACUUUGUACUAGAGUUCAAAUCCAGUAGAGGAAGUUUUGUGUGAUAAUGCCUCGGUUAGCUUACACUGGUAGAGGUUAGUCGCCCGCCCUAUAUUAGCACUGAGAGAUUCUGGAACACUUUAGUUGAGACUCCAGACUGUUUGAGAACUUUGCGCAGUGUAGAUGUCAGCUGAAUUGAAUAUGGUGAAUUAAAACUUGGCCUAACUGCAAUCUAGGGGGAAUCAUAUCUAAGUGAGUUCCCAACCUGUAAUUAGAUUAACUUUAACUAUAGUUUGCAAGAUUAGUUAUAGUUCUUCUAUUUUAGUAUGGUUUGCUAGAUAAUGAACCGAAGCUGAGUAAUAGUAACUCUAAAGACCCUUGGAUUUGGUAUUUAUUACUUGUGCCUCUAUAUUGCAGUCCCUUUCAUUGGUUACACUUGACCAUUGUUAGGAGUUGUGUUUUAGCGAGUCAAAGACCGGAUGGAUUCCCUGGCUAUUUCUAACGACGCUUCUGGGACAUAGUUGGAGAAAACCUGUGUAGAGAGAUUAAAAGAUUCUUUGAGUCAACUUCCAUACCAGAGGGAUGGAAUGAUACACAUAUUUUUAUGAUCCCUAAGGUGGACCAUCCUGAAAUGAUCAACUAGUUCCAUCAUAUAAGGUACUAUAAUUUUAGAUAUAAAAUUAUAUCCAAAUUAGGGCAACCCGCCUCAAGUAAUGGACACCUGACAUGAUUUCGCAGCUCUAGACGACCUUCACCGGAGGGAGGCUUCUCCAAGAUAACUUCAUCAUUGUCCACGAGGCUCUCCAUCACUUCAAGAAUCGUAAGCUUGGAAGGAGAAGAGAUAGGAUGCUUGAGUUGGAUAUGAGAAAGACAUAUGAUAUGGUGGAUUGGGAUUGCUUAGAGGCACUUCUAAAGAAGUAUGGUUUUGACGAUAUUGUGCAACUGGGUUAGUGCAUGUAUCCGGUCAUUCAUAUUCUCGAUUCUUUUCAAUGGAGAAGAAAUGGAGCCUUUCAACCCUUUGUGAGGCAUUAGACAGGGAGACCCGCUUUCCCCUUUCAUUUUUCAUUUUAAUGUCUAAUGCAUGCACCUUUUUUUAUCGAUAAGGCAGUUGCUCAGGCGCAAUUAAAAGGGAUUAAAUUGAACUAUAGAUGCCCAGUUCUCACCAAUUGUCUGUUCGCAGAUGAUACAGUCAUCUUUGGGAAGGCUAACCAUCAGCAAGUUGAGAAAAUCCUGGAGCUAAACAACUAGUAUGGAGCAAUCACAGGACAAGAAGUGAAUAUCAAGAAAUCAUCUGUCUUCUUCCGUGCAAAUGUCUCCAAUGAUGACAAAGCCUCUAUCAUUGCUCACAUGGGUUUUGCCUCAUCGAAUUGUCACUCAAAAUAUCUUGGGGGGGGGGGGGGGGGGGUUUCGACUGAGUGGGGAUAUUCAAAGAAGGAAACCUUGAACUUCCUCAUUCAAACAAUGGAAAAGACGGGGGAAGCUUGGAAAAUCCUCUUACUUUCUCACGAAGGGAAAUAAAUUAUGCUAAAUGACCCUUACCAAGAAAAUGGACUCUCUCCUCACUAACUUCUUCUGGUCAGGGUCAAUGCAGAAAAGUAGCAUGCACUGGUUUAGGAAGGAGAUUCUGUGUGCACUAAAAUCAGAAGGGGGUUUGGGAUUCCAAAACUUCAAAGAUUUCAACAUGGCCCUUUUGGUGAAACAAGCUUGGCGUCUUCUCACAUCCCCUGAUUCCCUGUGGAGUCUUCUUCUUAAGGGUCUUUAUUUCCCGCGGGGAGAUUUUUUAAAUUCAAAGAAGGGAAGUAGUUCCUCUUGGAUCUGGGCUAGUCUCUGGGAGGCAAAAAGAAGUCAUUAACAUGGGAGCGAUUAAAGUCAUUGGCUCAGGAGAGGACACCUGGGUGGAUCAAGACCUAUGGAUUUCUCCUCUUCAACAUUUUGUUAUUAGAAGCGAACGCCAGCAACAUAUGAAAGUCAAGGAAUGGAUUGAUCCCGGUGAUAGAUGUUGGAACUCGAACAUUAUUGAAGCCACAUUUCUAAUGCAAAAUUAGAAGCUAUUGUGAGGAUUCCAAUUGGGGAAGGAGAAGAAGAUUUUUGGCUUCGAGUCUUACUAAAGAGGGCAUGUUCUCGGUUAAGAGUGCAUGCCAUGCUUUUCACAAAGCUAACACAAACUAUCAAUCGAUGGGAAGCGUGAAUAGAUGAAAAUGGAUGUGGGUACUGAACCUACCACCCAAGCUCAAAUUCUUCGUCUAGAGGUGUUCCUUAGAUGGGUUUGCUAUGAAAGCGAGGAUUUUUCAUCGGAAAUGUGCCCCUUACCCAAACUGUCAAGGCUGCCAUAACUCAAAUGAGUCCCUCCUACGCUGCCUCUUCUACUGCCAUCUCUCCCUCUCCCUCCCCACUCCCCAUGACACUUCACUUUUUGAUUGGAUAUGCUCUCUGAAGGAAGCUAUUACACAAGAAUCCCUGAUCCAUAUUGUGUUUCUAUAUUGGAAUAUUUAGAAGGCAAGAAAUGAGUGUACGUUAAAGAAUAGAGUUCCUUGGUCCCCAAAUGUAUGUAUGCAAACUUAUAGAGAACUUAUUGAAUGGACUUCUUGCUCGAGGCCCCCAUCUCCCGAUCCUACCUCUCCUACUCAGCUCAGGGGAACCCAUUAUACUACGAAUCCCCCGCCAAGUAAUCACUCUAUGGUGAUUCACUAUGAUGGGUCGUUCAUUAGUGACUCCUAGCCGGCGGCUUAUGGUGUUGUGUCUGUUAACCACCAUGGACAAGUGUGUGAUGGGCGAGCUGAGACUCUUUUAUAUAUAUAGAAGCUGAGACUCUUCUUUGUUUCACACCGAUUGAAGCGAAAGCAAAGGCUCUCUUGGAAAGUUUAAAAUUAGCACAAGAAUAUGAAUCAGAAUGCAUUGUCCAAUCUGACGGUCAGGUGUUGGUGAAAGCUUUGAAAAAAGAUCAAUCAAGAUGGUCAUGGCGAUGUGCGGCCUGGAUUGGAUCUAUGGUCACUAUCGUUAGAACAAUUCAUGUCAUUAAAGUCAAGGAGGUGCCGAGAGCUUUGAAUGUCAGAGCGGAUCAGAUUGCGCAAUCAAGAGGUAGAUCUUUACUGACAUAUGACUGGAUUAAUAUUUUUGAUCUAAUUUCAUAUCUUUUUUAAGAUUGCAACCGGAUAUGGAAUAAAAGUUGGGUAUUAUUGUUAAAAAAACUCAGUGCGCUAUGUCGGGAGCAAGGUUGUCAAACCGGUUUAAGUCAUUGAGGCUGUCAAACUAGAGGUUUGAGGUUUAAUGCUUGAUCGGGAGUCCGACCGGUUUGAGCCGUUUUAGACGUUUUCUAAAUAUAUAUACAAAUAAGAUAGUAAUUAAAGAUUUAAUAACUGAAAUGAAAUUUAUCUUACAUAUAUCUAUUAAAAACCUUUUUCCAAAAAAUAAAUCUACCUAACCUCCAUGACCCACCCACCGUCUCUCAUCAUUCGUUCCUCUUCCUUUCUUCCCCCUCUCUUCUUCUCCCUCUUUAGGGGUCAGACCGGGGGCUUUCUGGAGACCGUUUUGAAGGCUCCAACCAGAGGGUAAAACACCUCAUGACCACUUACCUUUGAAAAUUGGGGUAGACAUACCACUAAAGUUUGAAUAGGACGUCGGUACCAUUAAAGUCGCAAAAAUGUGCAUCCGUCUACUUUUUCCAUCCAACCCAAACUUUUAAUUACAUUUUUGUACCCAAAACUUUUAAAACAUCCAAAACUAUAUUUCAACAAGUUUUAUCUGAUAUAAUAAUUAGAAAACCUUCUAAACAUAUUAUUACUAGAAUGUCAAAUAAUUUUUUUUCAAUAAAAUAGAUAAAUUAGU